CCCGUCCUCACAGACUGUCGGUGAGGACGUGGCGUGGCGGAAAACCCGGAGAGAGGAGCAGCAGCUCAUCACGCACCCUGCGCAGACUCCCCGACACGCCAGCGGCUCCGUACUUCCACGUGGACCCUGUCAUUGACAAAAACACUCCGGUCUCCGUGGCAGCCUGGGUGCGCGCGUGCCGACGCCGUUGCGCAGUGCAGACCGGGAAGCACGAGCAGGGCGGUGCGGGACGGUGCGGGGCAAGAGGUGUUCCUCCAGAUAUGAACCUGUGAACCAAAACCUACCGGAACUCAAGCUUUUUACUGACCUCACAUCAACUAUGCAGACAGGUGUGUUCAUGGAGUCUCACCUGGGCAGGUUGGCCCUAUGUGUCCUGUCCCUGUUCAUGCUAUUACACUUGUCCCUGGCUGCACUUGUACCUGGGACACAAAGGGAGGAAUCAGCAGAUGCCCACCCCCCGACAGGAGCACUAGCCAAUCCAUUCGGCUCUGGGGAGGAGGAUCGCAGGUUGCUGCAAAGUUACAUUCAAUCCAGUCUGAAGGAUGGCCAAGAAAGACCAGAAAUCAGCACCUGGGAGCAAGAGGUAUUCUUCCUGUUUCGUCUUUAUGACUUCGAUCGCAGUGGGUUCCUGGAUGGCCUGGAGAUGAUGAAGCUACUCUCUGACUAUAGCUCCCAUCAUACACCUGGAACACAGGCCAAUGAGCUGGUGGUGUCUAUGGUAGAUUUUUUACUCCAGACUCAGGAUCAAAAUCAGGAUGGCCUGUUGGCCCCAUCUGAGCUGCUGUCGCCUCCAUUACCUCUCACACAGGACUCCAGCAACAACAAUGCACCUCACCAGGAGAAGGAGGCGGCAAACCCCAGUACUGACGAGGAGAAGGCAGGAGUAGCAGAGCAGAAAGAGGAGGCUCAUGAGGAGCUGCAGCCUAAAGAUGAACAAACUCAACAGCAAGAAAAGGCUGAAGAAGAGGAACCGCAUGGACAACAAAACUCAGAAGCUCCAGCAGCAGAACAAGGGCAGGACCACAAAGAUCCUGUUCAUGUGGGGCAACCAGAGAUAUGAAUGCACACACAUGCUGGUUCUGUCUCUUGAAUCAAACCAGCAGAAGACUGUUGAUAGAGUAAAAAUGCUGCUCUCAGUUGAGAGGACUUGUUCUUCUUCCUCAUCCUCACAGAUGGUCUCUCUCUUGGGUUGAAUUCUGAGAGUUUACAACGCGUUUUAAUUGACUGUUAAAUGAUAAAUGAAUGGCCAAUGCCAAUUAAUUGACUGAUUAAUGAAGAGGUGGAUCUGUUGAAGUUAUUUGUGUCACCUUAUUGGAAAACAACACGUCAAGCACCUAUUGGUUUUAAGCCAUCAUCAAUAGAGAUUAGUACUUUAGAUUUCCUUUAAUUGUAUUUAUUGCCCUUUUCUUCCCUGCCUGAAAAAUACACAUAUUUGAAUGUAUUUGAGUUUUUCUAUGAAGAGACUGUUGUUUCAUGUACACACUGAUUGGCCUUAUUGUGUCUGACCCAUUGUUUGGAUUUACACCUGGAAGUUAUGCGUACAUCUGGACUGUUAUCUCAUUAAACUGGUCUCAUUUACAGACAGCUCAGAAUUUCCUCAACCUACACAGUGACUAAUAUAAUUAGAUUAUUAGGAAUAAAGUAUUCAGCAGUAUUGACCACUAUUUCGAUGCACUUACUCUAAGCUUAUAUUUUAAUGAGGAUUUUAAUGUGCCUGAAUAUGUUGAAGGAAGCAGAAAUUAUUGAACAGUACUCUUAAUGAGCACUUAAUGAGUUGUGUCCUUCUACCACUUGUCUUUCAUCGUCAUAAUUAAGGUCAGGAAAGCCCAGCAGAAAUGACAUUAGAUGUAAUUUAAUAUUAAAUUCAGCCUUUAUCUGCAAACUUGUAAUGUGUUUAUUUGGUUUAUUAUAUACUGUAUAUAACAUUUAUGCAUUUAUACAGCUGAAGAUAAAUAAAGCAAACAUUUCUUUGUCCCUCUCCCCUUAUUUCUGUCUCCUG